AUGUCCCCAUUAAACGUCGGUAUAGUUGGUACAGGUAUUUUUGCCAGAGAUAGACAUCUGCCAUCCUACCAGGAAUUUCCUGACAAGUUCAAAGUCGCUGCCGCCUUCAAUAGACAUAAGGAAAAAGCUUUAGAUUUUGCGAAGACCGCUAACAUUCCUGAAAAUAAGGUUUACGAUAACCUAGAGGAGAUUUUGAAGGAUCCUCAUGUUGACUACAUUGACGCUUUGCUACCUGCCCAAUUUAACGCUGAUAUUGUUGAGAAGGCAGUCAAAGCAGGUAAACCAGUUAUUUUAGAAAAACCAAUCGCCGCCAACUUAGACCAAGCAAGAGAGAUUGUCGAAUUGGCAGAGUCCACCCCAUUACCCGUGGGCGUGGCUGAAAAUUGGUUAUAUUUACCAUGUAUUAAGAUAGCGAAGGAGCAGAUCAAGAAAAUCGGUCCUGUUGUAGCAUUCACCCACAAUUCCACCGGUCCAUUUGUUACUCAAAAUAAAUAUUUGACUACAACCUGGAGACAAAAACCAGAACACAUUGGCGGAUUUUUAUCAGAUGGUGGUGUCCAUCAAUUAGCUCUUGUUAUUUCCUUACUUGGUGAAUUCGGAUCUGUUUCUGCAUUAACCAGACAAGUGCGUGAACGUUCCGGUGCUGAUGACAUCGUCUUUGCUACCGUUCAGCUAAAGGAUGCAGAGGUAAUUGGAAGUUUUACUUAUGGCUCUGCAUUUGGUGCUACCGAAAAAUCUGUUUUCUUGAAAGUUUAUGGUAAGAAUGGUACCGUUACCGUCGAUUUGUCGGAUAAGAAGAACCCCGUCGUAAAAGUUAAAUUAGGGGGUUCAGCUGAAGAUAACGGCGACGAACAAACUUUCAAGGUCGACAACGAUGAAAGUUUCGGCGUUAACGCUGAAUUUUUGAACUUCCAUGAGGCCGUCAGCAAGAAAGACAAAUCCCUAUACUUAGGCUCACCUAGAACUGCCUUCCACCACUUGGCUUGUGUGGAUGCAUUUUUGAAAUCUUCUGCCAAGAAUGGUGACCAUGUUAAAGUUGAGCAGCCAUGA